AUGGCAGUCAAAACAAAGGAAAUACAAGAAAUUAAAAUGGAAACAAAAAGUGGUAAAAUAGCACUGCAGUACCUCAUGAGAAACAAGUACUUUUAUUCACUCUGUGAAGGCAGUAAAGAAUUCUCUGACCAGUCAUUUGCACAGAAGUUGCUGGUGGUGACUGCACUGAAGUCAUUCCAUGUGGCGGGGAAACCGGCGCCCCCGGCGGGGAAACCGGCGCCCCCGGCGGGGAAACCGGCGCCCCCGGCGGGGAAACCGGCGCCCCCGGCGGGGAAACCGGCGCCCCCGGCGGGGAAACCGGCGCCCCCGGCGGGGAAACCGGCGCCCCCGGCGGGGAAACCGGCGCCCCCGGCGGGGAAACCGGCGCCCCCGGCGGGGAAACCGGCGCCCCCGGCGGGGAAACCGGCGCCCCCGGCGGGGAAACCGGCGCCCCCGGCGGGGAAACCGGCGCCCCCGGCGGGGAAACCGGCGCCCCCGCUGCCAUAUACAGCCACUGUCACAGAGAAGGACAAAGGUGCCCACAAAAAGCAAGGCAACAUUGGUGUUUGGAGGCUGGUGUAA